UCGGACCCCGCAAAAAAAUAUUUUGGCACCUAAAUAUUAUUAUUUGUUUCUGAAAAAAAAAUUGUGAGUUCUUUGUGAUGUAAGGUAUCUCCCACUUAAUUUUGAACCCAUUCUGUCCUUCCAAAAAAAAAAAAAAAAAUCCUCAAAGAUGGUGGUGUCAAAACAUGCUUGCCCACUCACUAAGACGCCAUGAUGAUGUCUGGGAUGGAGAGGAAGAUGGGCGAGAUGAGGUGGAUGCGCUCAAUUACUUUGCAAAUCUUACCGCAGUCUACGUGGAUGGGGUGAGUGGUGAUGACGAGCAGGAUGAAGAAGACGCCAUCGGCUUUGACAUUCAUGAUGACGUCUGGCAUGGAGAGGAAGAUGGGCGAGACGAGGUGGAUGCGCUCAAUUACUUUGCAAAUCUCUGCGCAGUCUACGUGGAUGGGGUAAGCGGUGAUGAUGAGCAGAAUCGAGAAGAAGUCGUCGGCUGCGAAACUGGUGAGCAGGAUGAUGAAGAUGCCGUUGGCUACUUUGCAACCAUCAAUUCCCAAAGAUACCGAGAACAACAUCUCCUGAUGCUGGCGAGUGGGGGGGAGGAGGUAGGGCUGAUGGCUCCAAUGGUGGAACUGGGAAAGAACGAUGUCAGGGACAACAGCAAUAACAACGACAACAACAACAACAACGACGACAACAACAACAACAACAACAACAACAACAACAACAACAACAACAACAACAACAACAGCAACAUCACCCAGCCUCAUCAGUGCAGUGGAGAUCAUGCUGACAGGGAAUAUGCCCGUGAUGAUGCGGGCGAGUGGGAGGUGGAGUUGGGGCUGAUGGCAACGGCGGCAGCCGCGGUGACAACCGAAAGUGAGACGAGCCGUGGGUGGGAUAUCGGGUGGGGGCUGGAGGAGGGGCCGGAUCCUCAGCUCGAAGCUAACAUCUACGGGACGCGGGCGACGGACAUGAUGGGAAAGUGUGAUCUAUGCGACCUGUUGGAGCAAAGGCAGGAGAGGGGCGAGAUGGGUGUGAAGGAUGACAGAUGGGAUGAUAGACUGGACAACAAGCACGACAGCGGACGGGGAGGGAGUGGAAGAGGUGACGAGGCCGAGAAAGGUAACUGCGAUAACAAUAACAACAACAACAAUGAUAUCUAUAACGACAGCUUCAUCAAAGAUGGUCGCAUCAACGACAGUUUCAUCGACGAUAGCGGGGAUUGCGUCAGCGGCAAGCUCGGUACUAGUAAGGUUUGCCUAUCAACUUUUAUCACCUGUACGGGGGGAGAGGGGCGGGGAUCGGCAGACGCAGACAGGGAUUAUUCCAACAAAAACAAGAUCAACAACGAUUACAACAGCAACAACAACAACAACAACAACAACAACAACAACAACAACAACAACAACAACAACAACGACAACAACAACAACAACAACGACGACGACGACGACGAUGACGACGAUGACGACGAUAACAACAACAACAAUGACAACUAUUACGACAUUUUCAUCAAUGAUGGUCGCAUCAACGACAGUUUCAUCAACAACAGCGGGGAUCGCGCCAGCAGCAAUGCUCGUGUAUCCGCUUUCAUCAUUUGUACUGGGGGACAGAGGCGGGGAUCGGCUGACAUGGAUAGGGAAGGGUUUGGGGUUGGCAGAAAUGGAAGAAAUGGUUUGCUACUUCUCUCCCCCCCCAAACUGUAUGAUCUAGUGUUCCUCCUUUGCUAGCAUCGGGUGGGGAUCGGAUAGUUGAGAGUCGCUGCCCCCUUGGUUGAUCGGGGUUGCCCGGUCCGCAACCUCAAUCAACCUCAAUCAAGGAG